AUGACUACUAUGGCAUCUCCCGCGGCUGCGCCUCUCGGUCACCACCCCGUGCCCAGCUCGCUCUCCCCGAUCACCACCUCGCCACCGCCCGCCGCCUCGUCCCCGGUGGUUCCCGUCCCACACCCGUCGCUCCUCCACUCCUUCAGGGCAGAGCUUUUACUCCCGAACGGAUCCUCCCUGAAGCCCGCCGGGAUGACCAUGUCCAGCGGAGGGAAGCCAGUGUACGCGACCCCGUCCCCGGUGGAGAGCACGCCCCAGAACAACGAGUGCAAGCUGGUGGAGGUGAAGGGGGUCAAGAUCGCGUCGUUCACGGUGAAAGACACGGAGCUCAUCUGUCUGCCGCAGGCUUUUGACGUCUUUCUCAAGCAUCUGGUCGGAGGGCUGCACACCGUCUACACCAAGCUGAAAAGGCUGGACAUCACGCCGGUAGUGUGCAACGUGGAGCAGGUGCGCGUCCUCCGGGGGCUCGGUGCCAUCCAGCCCGGGGUGAAUCGCUGCAAACUCAUCUCCAGACAAGACUUCGAGACGCUCUACAACGACUGCACGAACGCAAGCUCGAGGCCCGGACGACCGCCCAAGAGGCUCCAGAGUGUGACAGAGGGCGGGACCCACCACAUGCUGUCCCACAGUGGGCUGUUGCACGCCGGGAUCAUGCCUCCUGCAGAUCUGUCUGCCCUGGCCAAAAAGAUCAAGCUGGAAGCCAUGGCCAGUUUCCACAGUAACCACCAGCACGGCGGGCCAAACGGGGAGAACGGUGAUCACAACACCGGACUGGUUCUUGACCAGCUACCCUUCAUGAUGAUGUCACAUCCUCUGAUCCCUGCCAGCCUGGCGCCGGCCUCCGUUUCCAUGGCAAUGGGCCAGAUGAACCGACUGAGCACUCUGGCCAGCAUCGCCAACGUGGCACAGCUCCACGCCAAGGCCUCCACCAGAGCGCCCACCUCCGUCAUUAAGGAGCGAAUGCGUGACAGCCCCUCUCCCUCGCCCUCAUUGGAGGAAGGUCAGAUGUCAUCCAAUCACAGCAGCAGUGUGUCCAGUUCACCAUGUCACACAGAACGCAACCUAGAAAUCUCACACUCACUUCAUGAUAGUUUCUCAGGUCAUGGAGUGCACUCUCCCAAUUUGGUUCAAGGCACCAGAGACACAGACUCUUCGCUGGAUUACAGCAAAGAGGGGAAGAGGGGCCACACUGACAGAGAUAACAGCUCCUUGUCUGCUCAGACGACCAGGGAAGCCUGUGACAGACAAGUGUACCAGAAACCCCCAUCGGGCCGGGAGGGCUGUGAGCGCCUCUCUUACCCUGCGGGACAGAAGCUCUCUGCAGGACUCCACCACGCUCCCUUCAUCUUCCCCGAAGGCCUGUCCUCCAUAGAGACCCUGCUCACUAACAUCCAGCAGGGUCUGUUGAGGGUUGCCAUAGAGAACGCCCGGGCGCAGGAGAAGCAGGACCAGCUGGAGCGGACAGAGCUGAAGAUGGAGCUGGUCCGAGAGCGAGAGCUGAGAGAGACGCUGGAGAGGCAGCUGAGCGUGGAGCAAAAGAACAGAGUGUUGAUUCAGAAGCGUCUAAAGAAGGAGAAGAGGAGUAAGAGGCGGCUGCAGGAGGCUCUGGAGGAGGAGGUGAAACUGCGGGACCAGGCAGAGCACGGCCUGCUCCACAGCGCCCCCUCACUCUCAGGCCAUCAAUCAUCAGCGGCCCCUCCCCACUCAGAGUCUGUGACCCAGGACGUGGAAGGGAGCAAGCAUGAUGACAGCAGACUGGACACUAAGGCACAAGAGGGAAGAGUUUUCCUCCAGACGGCCGGGAUGUACUGA